AUGUUUUACGAUCUUAACAUAAACUAUAAAUAUAACUUAGAUGAUUUAGACGAACUUGAACAUAGCAAAUUUGCAGGAUUUUGCAUCAAUAAAGUCAUUUCACAACGAAAUAUUAACAGCUUUACUAACUUUGCCUUACCAUUUCACCUUCCAUCUAAAAAAAUAUUUAAGAAGAUCACAGUAGAACUAGAAGAUAAAAAUUACAAUACUAAAUCACUGUUAACUAAAUGUGAUAUACUGGCUCUUAAAGUACUCGACUUUGAUAACCCAGUUGAUGAAAAUAUGUGCGAUGUUAUUACAUUUGAUUGUAAAAAAGUUGUUAAGUUUAAAAACAUCAAUCCUGAACUUUUUUACGAAAUAAAUAUUGUUGACUCUUUGUACAAUAAGAAGGAUAGAAUGGCGUGGAUGUACAAUGUGAGAGAAUUGAUUAAAGUAACCAAGUGCAAGAAUAUUGUAGUUGGAACUUCUGCAUCACAUUUUACCGAAGUAAAGGAACCACUAGAUGUUAUUAAAAUGUUUUCUAUAUUUGGGAUAGGUGAUGAUAAAUGUAAAAAAAUUUUAGAAAAUAAUGCAAGAUGCUUAGAAAAAUGUGCCUACAAAAGAUUUGUAAGUGACAACUGUGUGUUUAACGAUAUUCCUGAAGGAAGUCUUAAAGAGGAAUUUAUACUAAAAAAAUUUGAAAGCGCUAAUAAAUCUUACAAAUAA